AUGGCUCCUCUUGCCACUGAACCACAUAAACCCAAGCUGACUUUGUGGGCAAAUCUCGGUCUGCUCUACGGGAUGGAUCUCACUUUGUUCCCAUUCGAUUCGCAAUUGUGUAAACUCGGAAUUGAAAGUUAUGGUUACACAGCCGAUCAGGUGCGAUACGUGUGGUCACAUGGGCGAAUAAAGGCACUGAUUUUGCAUAAGAUUCGUCUUCCAGACUUUCAAAUCAAGGAGAGCUUUGUGACGAGUCGAGUGGAGAGCUAUGCUACAGGUGAAUACUCGCGAUUGUACGUGUGUUUCGUGUUUUCUCGUUCAGCCGGGUUUUGCUUUCUACAGCUCAUUAUCCCGUCUACAGCUGUCGUCAUUACCUCAUGGGUGUCACUGUGGAUGGAAAACGAGACGUCAUUCCAGGUAAGCACUAAUACAAACGUUUUGUAUCGUAGUAAUAUGUCACAGGCCACGACUGGAAACGUUUUUUCCGCGAAAGGCUUUGGAACUGAGGAAUAA